CGAUCCAAAGUUUGUCUAAGCUUUUUAUAAUUUUACAUGAUGAAAAUAUUCGAGAGUAUCCUGUAUAAUUGACAAUGUGUAUCCAACCAAUUAUAUUAAUACAAAUGCUUUGUCUCGUAAGAAAGAAACGGAUUACUUGCAAGAAAUAUCAGUUGUGAUCAAGUACGGUUAGCGUAAAGAUAAAAAGUUCAAUUUUAUAGAAAUUGACCAUUUUAACAAUCGGCCAAUUAAGCGUAAUACCAAGUAGUACGACGCGAUUAUAGUAGUAGUUCCAAAUCGUACUGACGUCAAUUUGCACCGAUAUGGCGCAAUCGAUGUCACUUUAUUGAAUUUAUAAUGCCUGCAAGUGACAUUAUUGCAUCGUGACAUAGAACAAGUUUCUUCUCAGAUUUCCUUACACCCUCUGGGGGAAAAAAAGCUAAAUGUAUAACUUAGCUCCGAGCCUUGCGUAGUCGCAAAUAAUAGCAUCGCUCAUGCGACCUUCAUACGCACAGAUAAUGUCCGAGACUACGGAGUUACCUGACAAAGAGGACGCUGUUUCGAAGAAGAGGACUAACAUUUGGGAAGAUUUGGGUUCACCGCGUUACAUAGUCGCUCCAAUGGUGGAUGCGAGCGAAUUGGCAUGGAGAUUACUCAGCAGGCGACACGGUGCUCAGCUCUGUUACACGCCAAUGUUGCACUCCUCCGUGUUCUGUCGGGAUCCCAAAUAUAGGCGAGAAGCUCUCGCUAGUACUAGCGAAGAUCGUCCACUGAUUGUACAGUUUUGUGGCAGUGAUCCGAAUAUAUUAUUGGAAGCUGCACGCUGGGCUGAACCAUAUUGUGAUGCAAUUGACAUCAAUAUCGGUUGUCCUCAAGCAAUUGCAAAGCGAGGACAUUACGGAGCUUUCUUACAAGAUGAUUGGGAUUUGUUAAAGAAAAUCGUGUCGACAUUAAAGAAUGGAUUAUGCAUACCUGUCACUUGUAAAUUACGGGUGUUCUUAGAAAUCAGUCGUACUGUACAAUAUGCUUGUAUGCUAGAGGAUGCAGGUGCUAGCUUACUCACUGUCCAUGGACGUACAAGAGAACAAAAGGGUCCAUUAACUGGAUUAGCAUCUUGGAAACACAUUAAAGCAGUAAGGGAUGCCGUGAAAAUUCCUGUGAUCGCCAAUGGCAACAUACAAUGUAUGCAAGAUGUACAGCGGUGCAUUGAGGAAAUUCAAGUGCAAGGUGUGAUGUCAGCAGAAGGGAAUCUUUAUAAUCCAUACAUAUUUGAGUCUCGUUAUCCCGCCUGUUGGGAACCUGCUCUGGAAUAUCUGGAACUUGUAGAGCAAUAUCCGGUACCAGCAUCGUACAUCCGUGGUCAUUUAUUUAAACUCUUCCAUCAUGUACUUUGUUUAGCAGAAAAUCAAGAAGAAAGAGAAAACUUGGCUACCAACUCCACUUUGGAAGCUUUUAAAAGUGUCGCGUAUGCCUUGAGGGAUCGUUAUCUACCGUAUCAUGAAGGACAUUUGAUAUGGCAGAUGGGAAAGACAGAUUACAAUUUAGAGUUACCACCGUGGUUGUGUCAACCUUAUGUACGAGAGCCACCACAAGAGUAUACACAAAAAAUACAGGAAGGCGCACUUCGGAAACGCGAAUAUAGAGAUGAGGAAGGAAAUGAAAUAUCACGAAAACGGUCAAAAAAGCUUAAGAGGAUAGCACGUAGACCGAAUAGAGCAACUUCGAUUCCUAAAAGAAGUUCAGAUCGGUGUCAUGCCUGUCCAAAUCCUCUGGGUUUUAAAUGUGAAUAUAAAUUGUGUCGUCAAUGCUGCAGGAACAAAUGUUAUAUAGAAAAUUUAGACUGUGCUGGUCACAGAAAUCUAACUAAAACUAGAAGACAGAUGGCGAAAGAAUUCGAGGCAAAGCGUAAGGAAGUUGAAAAUAUGACAUGACACUAUGUAUUAAAAUAUUUUAAAUAAAAUUAGAUGUAUAAAUGUAUAUAACAUUUUAACUGUUUGUUUCUGAUGAA